ACGUUUUUGGUCAGCAUACAAUUAUAGUCAACCAAAUAAUUAUGUUGCUUCAUCUUAUCUAUGUCACAACAAUAUAUAAGAAAGGUUGGGUAAAGAUUUUUAACACAAACAAAAAAUGAAAAUGAUUUUCAACCUCUCUCUAAUAAAAAUAGUGGUUACUCUGCGUCCUCUUGCAUUUGGUCUUGUCCAGGCUAGGUACCCAACUUCCUCAACUGAAUUAUUUCAUUCUAUACCAGACAGAAGUGCAAAAACAUCAGUAAACCAAUAUCCCGGCGUGACACAUCCAUUUUUACCUCCAACACAUCCACCACCACCACAUAAAAACGUGAAGAUGUCAACAAACCAAUAUCCAGGUGUGAUACAUCCAUUUUGUCCUCCGUCACACGGAAAACAUCCACCACCACCACAUAAGAACGUGAAGAUGUCAGCAAACCAAUAUCCAGGUGUAAUACAUCCAUUUUGUCCUCCGUCACACGGAAAACAUCCACCACCACCACAGAAGAACAUGAAGAUGUCGGCAAAUCAAUAUCCAGGUGUGACACAUCCAUUUUAUCCUCCAUCACACGGAAAACAUCCACCACCACCACAGAAGAACAUGAAGAUGUCGGCAAAUCAAUAUCCAGGUGUGACACAUCCAUUUUUACCUCCAACACACGGAAAACAUCCACCACCACCACAUAAGUACGUGAAGAUGUCAACAAACCAAUAUCCAGGUGUGACACAUCCAUUUUUACCUCCAUCACAUGGAAAACAUCCACCACCACCAUCUAAAACUAAUAAUAUACAUAUAGUUUUGUCUUUCGGGUUAUAA